AAGCAAGAGUAAUGAAAUAGGCAGAGGGCGAUUUUCCGCAGCGUGUUGGUCCGACCCCAAGGGCUAGCGCAGAGACGGCGCAGCGAAAAACUUUCAGCCAUGGAUAUUUCAAUGCACCUCAUUUUCUUUUGAUGCCGUUCUCUUUGCUAUGGACCGUAUCACUUUGUCGCAGUUCAUAUAAGUGAUUUGUAGGCUUGCCCCGAGAAAAUGUCACAUUUGCAGAUUCCAUUACUCAACAGCAUCUAUUUUUCCUAAACUUCAGUCCGGCUACAGAAGAGUGGGUGAACUUCUGUUGUUUUUUCGGCACCAAGCCUACAACACGAAGGGAGUUUGUGGCCAGAGGUGCUGCAGCUGGAGCCACCCUGCACUGCUGGAGCUUCCAGGAAUGACGGGGCCAACCCAUCGCAGCCGGCCCCCUCGCAGCACCUGACCUGACUCACCUGACCCAUCAUGGAGCUCAAGGUCUGGGUCGAUGGGGUCCAGAGGGUUGUUUGUGGGGUCACAGAGGCAACCACCUGCCAGGAAGUGGUCAUUGCUCUUGCUCAAGCCAUAGGCCGAACUGGGCGCUAUACACUGGUGGAGAAAUGGCGGGACACAGAGCGCCACCUGGCCCCCCACGAGAGCCCAGUGGCAUCCCUCAACACCUGGGGCCAGUAUGCCGGUGACGUCCAGCUGAUCCUGCACCGCACGGGCCCCUCCCUGACCGAACGGCCCCCCUCCGAGGGUCCCUUGCUCCGGGGUCCGGAACGCGGCCCACACCGGCAGAGCCUCCCCCCGCUCGCCAAGCUCCGCCAUCCCAGUGAGCACGCCCUCCAUCGCCGCGAGCCGCGCCGCAAGUCCCUCACCUUCACCGGCGGGCCCCGGGGCCUCCGGGACAUCCUGAGUGGAGGUCGGGUGGGGGAGGUGAGAGAGUUCGAGGCCAAACGACGUCUCCUAUUCCAGGGGAAUGGUGGUAACCAGAACCACCACCACCAUGCAGCAGCGGCAGCCACAGCGGUAGCCCCAGGAGGAGCAGUGUCCCCCGGCAUGUGGGCCUGCCGCAUGGAGGACCUGGUCAGACUGGUGGGGCUCCAGAGAGAGACUCUGGCCGUGCUGGAGAAGAGGCUAGAGGCCUACGAGGCUGAACUGCAGACCUGGGGGGGACGAAGGGGAGAGGAGGCUAGAGGAGCAGGGGGGCUGAUGGAGGAGAUAGUGAGGCUGGAGAGACGACUGAGGAAGAAUGAGGUGGAGAUGGAGGAAGAGGAUUUCUGGGCCAGCGAGCUGCAGAUUGAGCUGGAGAGUGAGAGGCAGCUGGAGGACAGGCUUGAGGAGCUGAGAGGGCGUCUUCAGUGUGCUCAGGUCGAGCUGGGGGACAGGAUGGCUCUGGUACAGGGUGUAGAGGCCGGUCUGGAGGAGGAGCGUCUGCAGAGGGAGAGACAGGAGACUCAAAGGGUGAGCGAGGUGGAGGCCAAGGCGCAGGUACUCAGAGCCCGCACGGAGCUCAAGGCCCAGGACAGACAGUCUGUCCAGCUGGAGAGCAGCUGCAGAGCCGUGGACAGGUCCCUCGGCCUGAGUGGCAAGAGACUGCAGGACAUGCAGCAUGAGCUGGAGCAGCUGACCAAGGAGCUGAGACAGGUCAACCUGCAGCAGUUUAUCCAGCAGACUGGCACCAAGGUCACCGUGCUGCCAGCCGAGCCCAGUGAGGAAGAGGAGGAGAGUACUCACACCGGACAGGGCACAGACUUGGUUCCUCUGUCUGGUUCCCUGAAGCGUCCCGUCUCCUUUCACCCGAUGCCUGGUCACCUUCGGGUCCUGCACAGUCCGCUGACAUCUGGCCUAAACCCAGAAGGGAUCUACGUGUAAGAGAAAAGAGGGCACACUUGGGGUGGCUUUGUUCCUCUGCUAGAUGGACACCUGAAAACACCCUAAAGGCAACCUGGUUCCACUAAGACCUGAUCCCAGAUCUGUGUGUGCUUUAGCCAACUCCUCAACACCCAGUCACUCCUAGUCAAAUAAGUUGGCUAAAUACAGAUCUAGGAUCAGUGCUAAAGGAUUCCCUGUGAUGUGACAUCCAAGUACAGGUUACCUCAGUAGCACUCUCCGGUCCAUUCUCUGUUCUGUUACCUACAUAUCAUGGAGAACAGGAACACUUAAAGAGAUCAUAUUGUUAUAGGUUGUUGUGUACAAGCACUCCAAGUCUCCGACAAGGGCCAACAUAUGACGAUGAUAGCUCCAUUGAUGAAGGAAAAACUAUUGGUAACAUAUCUGACUGCAGGGUGCUUGAAUGGACAGACAGAGAUAGUUGAAAUAGACAAUAUAGCAACAGACAUGAGCACCGUGUGUCAUAGCCCGAAUGGUUUUCUGUCUAUUUAAACCUUGGAACUAAAAGUGAUGCGUCAUUAUCAUCAUCAGCGUCAUCAUAGUUUUCAUCCCUUGAAGGUGUAUGCAAUUACUUUAUUUUCAUUUUAAUAAAUAAAGACAUUUUUAAACGUUCAUAUUUUAUCCAUUAUAUCAACAUACCGUAAAGUGGUUUGAUACUAUUUUUUAUGAAUGUUUGCAUUUUGGAAAAUAUCGCUCCAAACUGAAAAACUUGCUGUUGAAAUCUGUGAACUACACACUGCCAGUCCAAAGUUUGGACACACCUACUCAUUCAAGGGCUUUUCUUUAUUUUGACUAUUUUCUACAUUAUAAAAUAAUAGUGAAGCUAUGAAAUAACACACAUGGAAUCAUGUAGUAACCAAAA